GAAGAUAUGGCUCGUAGAAAACUGAAAAUGAAACUUAUAGAGAAGGAGAAGGCUCGAGCUGCAACGCUUAAGAAGCGAUUGCAGAGCUUGAAAAAAAAGGCUCAUGAAUUCUCCACCCUUUGUGAUGUGGAGGCAUGCAUGAUCGUCUUCGAACCCGAAUUGAAGGACAGUCCUUCUAGGGUUGAAGUUUGGCCUUCGGAUCCUGUUCAAGUUGAGACCAUCAUUGGCAGAUACAACACUAUGGCUGCUUCGGGUUCCCAAAAGAAGACUUUUAGUAUUUCCAAUUUCUUCGACAUGUGCCGGAGACAAGCUCGUGACGAAGUCGCACAAGUCUGCAAGGCUAAUUUCAAGGCCAAGUUUCCAACAUGGGAUGAUCGUAUCGACAAUUUCUCCCCUGAGCAUAUUGCGUCGUGUCUUACUAAACUUGAUUCGAACAUUGAAGUUGUUAAGAGGAAGAUCAUGUUGAUGAAGGGAGAUGAUGAGCAGAAGUUGUUGCGAUCUGAAUCGAGGACGCUAGGUGGUUUUGGUGCUCGAUCGACACUGAGUUCUUCUGAUAAUUACAUCCCUGCUGCAGCCUUACAUCUUUGGAAUCGAAACCUUUUGGAUAAUAACAUUCAAACUCAUACCCCUUUGGAGAUUGUUAACCAUUUUGAUCACAUCCAAGACAUUCCUCGAAAGAACUCGGAGUUCGGAGUUAUCAGAGAUCAGCCGCCUCUUCCUACUAGACCUCUUGACAUGCAACUACCUUCCUUUUCCCCUGCUGAUGAGGCAUUGGUGAAGCUUUCCCUCAGCUUGAAUCCCAUUGAGAAAUCAUUAAGGAUGUCGAUGAUGAAUGAUCUUGGUUUUGGAGUUCGAUCAGGAAUUGCAUCUAGCAGCAAAAACAGUUUUCCGAACAAUGCUAUGUACAAUCCUCCGCCAUCGUAUUCCAUAUGUCACGAUCCAAGAUUCGGGAUGCCAAGCAAUGAUGUAAUGUUCGAUUCAGCAUCAAUUCCGGUUCUUCAUGAUCCGAGGUCAAAUGGCAUGCAAAACAAUGUGAUGUUGAAGGAGCCUAAGUCAGCAUCGGAAACUUGCUUUUAUGCUCCAUCGAUGCGACCCGAGGUAGCUACGUAUAACCAGCAACAGUUGAUGAUGCCGCAUGUGUUUUCGCAAAUGCCUCCUCCUGAGUUCACUGAUUUCUACCAUGACAUCAAUCAGCAUGAGAUGAUCAACAAGAAACAAAGGUUCUAG